AUGCUGCAGUCAGGGUGUCCCCUGGAGCUGCUGCUGGUGCUACUGGGGCUGAAGGUGCCUGGUGCCCUGGGCUGUCCCACCGACUGUGUGUGCUACCCGUCCCCGAUGACUGUCAGCUGCCAGGCUCACAACUUCGUCACCAUCCCCGAGGGCAUCCCUGAGGACAGCGAGAGGAUCUUCCUCCAGAACAACCAGAUCACCUUGCUGCUGCGGGGCCACUUCAGCCCCUCCAUGGUCACGCUCUGGAUCUACUCCAACAACAUCACCUUCAUCGACCCCAACACCUUCGAUGGGUUUGUCAACCUGGAAGAGUUGGACCUGGGGGACAACCGCUACUUAAGGGCUUUAGCUGCAGACACUUUCCAAGGGCUGGUGAAACUCCAUGCCUUGUAUCUGUACAAGUGUGGGCUGAGCUCCCUCCCCAGUGGGAUAUUCGGUGGCCUCCACAACCUGCAAUACCUUUACCUGCAAGACAACCAUAUCGAGUUCCUUCAGGAUGAUAUUUUUGUUGACUUGGUUAACCUCAGCCAUCUUUUUCUCCAUGGAAACAAGCUCUGGAGCCUCCAUCAGAACACAUUUAGGGGACUAAUAAACCUGGAUCGGCUGCUCAUCCAUCAAAAUCAGCUGCAGUGGAUUCACAGGCGGGCUUUUCACGACCUCCGAAGAUUGACCACCCUUUUCCUGUUCAAUAACAGCCUCUCGGAGCUGCAUGGGGACUGCCUGGCUCACCUGGGAGCCCUGGAGUUCCUCAGGCUGAACGGGAACCCGUGGAGCUGCGACUGCAAAGCCCGCUCGCUCUGGGAAUGGCUGCACAGGUUCAGAGGCUCCAGCUCCAGCGUCAUCUGCGAGUCCCCCCGUAACCGAACCUCCAAACCCUCCUCCUCGGGGCCGCGGAAAAACGGGCAGGAGGUCCCAGACUAUGUGCCUGAUUAUCAGCACAAAUUCAGUUUCGGGGCGAUGCCAACGCUCGUCCCCAGACGCAAGGGUAAGUGCACCCGGCGGACACCCAUCCGCCCCCCCAGCGGGGUGCAGCAGGCAGCCGGCUGCCCGGGGCUCAGGGCGUCGCUCCUGGUGUUUCUGAUGCUGUUAGCGGCCGUCAUCCGCUGA